AUGCCAUUAGCAGUUGCUGGCACGGCUGUCAAUAUACCGCGGGUUUUGGACCACAGCCAACAACAGAAUGUUCCUGCGCAAAACCCAUUCAUCAUAGUCGCAAGUUUAAUAUGCUUUAUGGGUGUUCAUAACAAGUCUCCUGAAAUAACUAUUAUAGGUAUUAUUUGUAUGUUGGAGAUCUAUCUAUCACUAGACUAUGGGCAAUUUAAUUUCUCUAACCUAUCACCUCUAUUCGGUCUAAUACCUAUGUUUGCUAGCGGCUACACUACACCUAUUCCACCAAAUACUGGGGGAAAGAUCAUAGUAGAAAAGGUGGAGACAUAA